AUGCUGCACUUGAAACCUGAGAAACGACCAUCAGCAAGGCGCGUUUUGGCUAAUCCAUUUAUCAGAAAACACAUCAUUCUCUUUCUGGAGGCCACCAAAGACCGUACCAAUUCGUGGAAUCAUUCAAGCUUUGAAGACGAAGAACAAAGCACCGGUCAGAGUGUUGAAUACAAACGGAAUGACUCAAUGAUAUCCAAUGGAUCGUCAAGUGGACUAAAAUCGGUGACAGAGAAAAUUGAAAGUGAAGUGAAGCAUGUGGAAAUGCCACAAGAGGAAAAGCCUGAAAAGUGUGAGUCUAAGGAAAUACCUAACGAAAAUAUACGAUCAAUAUCAAAAUAUUCAAAACAAGUCACUUUGGUUAAAGAAAACUUGAAUAGUGAUGAUAAGAACUCGCUUAUUCUUCAAUCAAGGAAAUCAGAAGGUAGUGAUUUGUCAGAACACAACAUACUGAAGGAGAAUAAUCGCUUGUUAGAAUCAAAUGGGAGCGCUUCGAAAUCAUUGGAUACUUCACACAAAUGUUCACAACAAGAUGGAGUACAAUUCGAUGGGUGUUUAGUGAAAUCCAGUGGUGUGUUGACUGAGGAGAAUUCACUUCCUCGACGUUUGUCGAAUGCCAGAUUACGUCGUCGUCAGAGACGUCGUAUGUCUGAGAAUGAUGGUGAACAACACUAUGGCCAUCCUGUUUAUUGUAAACAGGAACAGGAGGUGAAUAGCAUUAACAAGUCUUCAGAUUUCAACGAGGUGUGCAAUACUAAUGGAAACAGUCCACGUUUCAAAUUCCGUGAAUGCGGAAAAUUGCAUUCACAUUCAUUCAGUGUUCUUCCUGUGUCGAUGUUGCCUAAAUUGCGUAGACCAGGUCAUCGUAGUGAGAGUGAUUCUUCUGUUCAUACAACAACAGUACAACAUGCACUAUUGGGGAAUGGCUGUACUGAUGAAUUCAGUGAAUCGAGUGGAAAUUCUCGCCUUCCAGUUGAACAUGCUGAUUGUACAGAAAUAUCAUCCUCUCCCGCUGUGGUGUUCUUCUCAUAUCCACGAGUUAAUCAUGACAGACAGGCCUCCUCAGUAUUUCAGUGCAAUUCAACAUCCUUGAAGGAUCAGAGUGUUUCAAAAGAGAUUAGACAUGGAAUCGACGGUGAUAAUACUCCUGUAUUGAAUAAAGUGACAGGUAACUUCAUUGUUGGAGAUCCACAAUGUAAAUCAGAACUCCGUCGAGACCAGAACAUUGACAAGGAGAAUGAUGUGAACAAGUCAACGGAAUGUCAUCAAAAUAGUGACAUGGAGAUCGCUGCAGUGGUUGACUGUCUAGCUGAUACUCUGAAAGACGACUGUCAUCCAGGUGCUCCGGUGAUAAUUCGUCGUAGUAACAGUGAAAGGAGGCUUGUCACUGUGGACAAUGGAUUUAACGUGUGUUCAAAUGGUCAUCAAAAGUCAUCGACUUGUAGUAGUGAAGAUAAUGGACCAAUUGAACCAAAAGAAGAAACCAUCAACCGAUCUGUGCAAUUAAAGCAACGUUUUGUGGAAUUACACAGAGAGUGUUUAAAAUGUGUCGGACUGAAGAAGCUACAUGAAGCCUACGAAAUUCUUGAUAAAGAUAUGAGUUUUGCAUCACAAGAGAUUCUAUUGAAGAAGAUUCUCGGAGUGGAUAUUUACUCACAGUAUAUGAGUAAAAUUUGGCAGUUGAAAUUACUUGAACAGUCUGCUUUCGAGUGA